GACCCAGCAGGCGCCCGGGUCGAUCCCAGAGGGGCGCCGUGUCCCUUGUCCCUCCCAGGCCGCACAAGCGGCCCCGCCCCGCCCGUCCGUCUGGGAGCGGAGGGCAGGUUCCACAAACUGUUCCGGCGGGCCGCAGGGUGGUGUGGACUCGCUCCCUCCUCCCACAGGACGUGCCCAGGCAAGGCAGAAAGUCGCUCGCCAUGUCAUCCGCGGAGGCUGGGGAUGUUUUCCUCAGAGCCCGGGGCAGGACCCUGGACGCGUUUUCCUCAGAAAAGGAAAGGAAAUGGAAAGGCCCAUUCUACUUCAUCCAAGGUGCAGACCCGCAGUUUGGGCUGAUGAAGGCCUGGUCCACUGGGGAUUGUGACAGUGGCGGUGAUGAAUGGGAGCAGGAGAUCCGUCUCACUAAGCAAGCUGUUGAGGCUAUCAACAAGCUGAACCCCAAACCCAAAUUCUUUGUUCUUUGUGGCGACCUCAUCCAUGCCAUGCCAGGAACUCGCUGGCGGAAGGAACAGACCAAGGACCUGCAGCAAGUACUAAAGGCCAUCGACCAAGACAUUCCACUGGUGCUGGUCAGUGGCAACCAUGACUUGGGCAACAUCCCCACCGCCGAGACCGUGGAGGAGUUCUGCCAGACAUGGGGAGAUGACUACUUCAGCUUCUGGGUGGGGGGCGUCCUCUUCCUGGUGCUCAAUUCCCAGUUCUUUUACGAUGCCUCCAAGUGCCCUGCACUGAAGCAGGCCCAGGACCACUGGCUGGACCAGCAGCUGAGCAUUGCGGAGCAGCGGAAGUGCCAGCAUGCCAUCGUCUUCCAGCACAUCCCGCUGUUCCUGUGCAGCAUUGACGAGGAAGACGACUACUUCAACCUCACCAAGGCCGUGCGGAAGGAGCUGGCAAGCAGGCUUACUAGAGCAGGUAUCAGAGCUGUAUUCUCGGGUCACUACCACAGGAAUGCUGGGGGAACCUACCAGGACCUUGACAUGGUGGUUUCAUCGGCCAUCGGAUGCCAACUAGGCAAAGACACCCAUGGGCUCCGCGUGGUGGUCGUCACUGCUGAGAAAAUUGUUCACCGUUACUACAGCUUAGAUGAGCUGAGUCGGAGAGGAAUUGACGACGACCUGAAGGAGCUGAUGAAGGAGUGACUCCCCACCUGGCCCACCCAGUUUCCAUGCCCAUGACCUUUCACCUCAUAGCAAUGUUUGAGUAGACAGGCGGGUUUGUGAAUGAAUGUCUUUUUAUGUAAAUCAAAAUGCUGGGUCCCAUCCUCCAUUGUAUUCAAAGGGGGCUGUCACCCCUUUACAAAGCCAGAACAGAAGGCUGCAGAUAUUUUCUGAUUAUGGUGUGAGACUCUCCUCAUUGUGUGGCUUUCAUGCUGCCCUCGAAUCUCACUGUUUCUGACACCUCCUGCCCUCAAUCCCAGCUCAGUACCCAAGUGUGAUCUUUAAUAAUUCCUCAAACAAACUGCGUCUGCUCUCACUACAUUGUGAUCCUGACUCCCAGAGCACGGGGGAAACAAAGGCCCAUCCUCCCUUCCUGGCAUACCAAACGGUACCACUCCGUCCCGGGCCCACAGAUUCCUCAUAGCCACCACUGACUGGUACUGCUGAUGGUACGAACACGGGUGAUCCACGUGAGAGUGUGUUUGCUUUUCUGGUGACAGACAUCACCUCUAUGUACAAACUCAGCUGACCAAAACAGAAUGCAGCAUGAAGGCCCUGGACAGCCCACGCAUCUACCCUGUUUAUAUCCUCCUGCUGCAGGCAGCCACAGCAUUAUCCAAUCACAAUGAACCUCAUGGGGAAACUGCACUUGCUGCAGACUCCCGAGAACAGCACAGAACUCACGGGGCAAACUACACCAUGCUAAUUGCCACUGACAUACAACACUCCUGGAAUAAAAAACCAAUUUGAAUUACUUAAAAUCCUUUGCACUGUGGAAUCUGCUGUGCUGCCUCCUCUGGGAGCUCUGCCCCCUCUGACUCUUCCUCCAUUUAUCUUCAGGCCUGAUGCUGAAGUAACCUGGGCUCUAUAUCCUGCUGCCGAAGUUUUACAGUGUCCUGCAGUGGUGCAGGGGAAUCCUAAACCAACUUUAAAAACUCUCUGGUUAUACAUGAACUGCAAAGCCCAUUAAAUUAAAAAAAAAAAAAACAACAACUUUCUUGUUAAAAAGUUUUAGUCAAUGUAGCAAAACCGUGAGAAAUUAAAUAAAAAGAUAAUUGGAUAUGUAAAUUCAUAUGGAACAAAAGAUACAAGAAGUUAAUUAUGUUACAGAUUGGUGACAUGCCAGAGCUCAUUGUUAGGUAGCGCGAGAAAAUUAAAUUUUUCAAACCAGAA